UCUUACACCGAAGAAAUGCAAAGCAAUGUUUUUAUAAUGUGAAAAAAUUACCUCAAUUCACAACUUUCUUCCCUUUAAUUCAGCUCGAUGACUGUUAUCGUGUGAUACUUUAUCUCACACAUAUAUACGUUAAAAAUGCCCCAAACAAUGGCGAUUAUUAUUGAACAUUUCUUAAUGUACAGUACGGAAGUAAAUAAGGCGGGGCUUUGUUUGUGAAUUAACCGUCAUUCUGUUCGUGUAGCGGGUAAGAGAAAUUACUCCAUUAUCCACCUCCGAAAUGAAGGAUCGCCUGGUCGAUUUGGCAGCCAGCUACAGUGACAUCAAAACUCCUGUGGAGUCAAAUGAUUUCCUAGAGGAAUUCCUCCCUAAGGUAGAUGAGGUUCAGAAACUUCUUGAAAGGAUUUCCUAUUGUGUGGAAGUGGUGAAGCUGAGACAUUGUACCAUUUUAACAGAGGUCAAACCACAGAAACAUGUGAAAGAGGAACUUGAGCAUUUUAACAAUGAAAUCAAGAGGACAGCGGAUGUAAUCAGGAUUAAACUGAAAGAUUUGGAAGGAGGUUUUACACAGAAUGAAAAUGCAAACAGUGGCUCUGUGUACUGCCGUAUCCAGAGUACUCAGCACACAGUGCUUUCACUGAGGUUUGGAGAAAUAAUGAAUGUGUAUAACCAAGAACUGACAACUUUCCGAAAAAGAAGCAAAGAACAGAUCCAAAGACAGUUGGAGAUCAGUGGCAGAGUUGUCAGUGAAGAGGAGACUGAGGUUUUGCUACAGAGCAACAACCCUUCUCUCUUUACCUCAGAUAUGCUUUCUGGCUCACACAUCACGGGACAAGCACUGAACGAGAUCGAGUCGCGACUUAAGGAUAUUCUCGGCCUGGAGGCCAGCAUUCGAGAACUGCAUAAAAUGUUUAUGGAUAUUGCAGUGUUAGUGAACAGUCAGGGUGAAAUGGCAAACAACAUUGCAAAGACUGUGAUGAAAGCUGAAAACUAUGUAGAUCAAGGUAAAGGAAACACUGCAAAUGCUGUGAAUUACAAGAAGUCUUGGCGGAUAAGACUUCCUCCUUUACGCAGUUCAUUCAAGAGCAAAGCUAAACCAAAGACCAGUGACAGCUCUUGAGAACUUAACCUUCUGUCAUUUUGAGUGCUCAAACUAUGGAACCUGCCUUGUUUGAAUUUGAUAAUGUGUCCUGUGCAAAUGACUUGUGGGAUUCAUACAAUUAUUUAUUCUGUAAUCUCUAAAAAGCAGCAGUCCCUUGACUUUAUUAGCAGAAUUUUUGUUCUAUGUCUGCUAAUUUUCAGAUCAUUUUCUAUUUCCAAACAAACAUUCUUGGUGUUUUCCACCAACAUACUGUAGGUAAUCAUUAACCUUGCACUCAAAUAGUUCUCUACUACAGAGACAGCACUAGUAGACUAUAUGAUGCAAUAUGUCAACAAACCAAUAUGUGAAUUGAGUCUCAACAUAAAAGCCUAUUUGGAGUCUACUUCAUUUCACCUUUGUUUUUUUGUGUGUUGUUUGUUGUGAAUUCUUGUUUGUGUGUGUGUGUGUGAGCAUGUAUUUAUCACAUUUUGGUGAACAAAUGUCCCCAUAAGGAUAUUUAAACCUGACAUUAUUAACCUUGUGAGGACAUUUUGUUGGUCCCCAUGAGUAAAACAGCUUAUAAAUGAUGUUUUUUGAAAAUUAAAAAAUGCAGAAAGUUUUCUGUGAGGUUUAGGGGUAGGGUUAGGGUUAGGGGAUAUAAUAUAUAGUUUGUACAGUAUAAAAAACAUUAUGUCUAUGGAAAGUCCCCAUAAAAAAUGGAAACACAACAUGUGUGUGUGUGUGUGUGUGUGUGUGUGUGUGUGUGUGUGUGUGUGUGUGUGUGUGUGUGUGUGUGAUUCUGAUAUGUUUGUGAGUUGGUGACAAUUGGUUUUGUUACUCAUACUUAUUGUUUGACCUAACGACUUUUGAUUUAAAUAAAGACUGAUCUAAGAAUAUCGGCAGCUUUCCUAUUUCAAAAUCCAAUCAUAGGAAUGACAGGUCACAUAUUAUAAGACACAUCUUAUAUCUGCUGUCCUUGAAAAUGUAUGACAUGUUUUCAUUGCUUGCUAAUGGUUUAAUUAAAUUAGAAUAUUUUUUAAGUAUAUUUGAUAAUUGACUUGCGGGUGCUUCAAAUAAAAUUCAGCCUACAUUUCAUUUAAAGGUGAAGGCUGUUGGUUUAUUGAGGUGCGGUUCUGUUAAAAAACAUGUCCAAAUGCAGACUCCUUGUCCCCCACCCAAACAUACUGUAUUACAAGAAAAACACACAGGAUGUGUAAAAAUAUUAAUAGUUCUUCAGUCCAAUGGUCUGUUAGGCCAACAAAUGACUCACACCAGGCUCAUUGUGACAUACUAUAGGUGUUUAUUAUACUCAAAAAUAUAAAUUUCAACCAUCUACAAUAUUAUUUACAGUAAUCCACUACUUCUGUUCUAUAUAUAGAAAUAUCUGCAGUGCAUUUUGUACCCUGAUACCUUUCUAUGGUUUUCUAGUUCAUUUCUUCAUUGCUUAUUUGGGCUCCUUUCAGCCAUCUUCACUCUCCUCUGCCAUAUGGUCACACAGCAAGUCGUGACUGGUGUGGGAGCGGCAAGAGGGGAAGAAGAUUUAGAUGCAUGUUCUAUGUCUCUCUGUCUUAUUUUGUGUAUAUUCAUCACACACCGUGGAGGUGUACAGCCAGUCUCUAUCUCUCUCUCCCUCUGUCUCUUUCUUUUCUCACACUUCUCUCAUUCACACUUUGUUACACGUUGGAGAAAAUGUCAAGGUCUUACCCGCACUCAACCUUUCUGUACCAGUUAACUUGCUUAACAAUGUAACAGAACGCACAGUUCUGUUCAGCAGUGAACUGGGGCAGCUCUAAAAAAGGCCCUAAACACUUGGAAAAGAACAAGAGAGGACCAGCAAACAUCAAAUGUAAGAAAAUAUUUGUAAGUUUACACAUUGCAUUGCUAUGGUAUUUUAAUUAUUAACUAGUUUUACGUAUUCAUU